AUGAAUAGUUCGGCACGAUCCACACCUCUAACGGACAGCGAUGACAGUGAUAACCGAGAUGACGACGGCACUGAAGACGAGCGAUUUUGUGAGGCAGAAGAAUGGGACGGGUUGAAGUUCCCGCGGACAGCAGCUUGUCAAGAGGCUCGUCUACCUUGUCCGAGACCUGAAAUUACCGUCGGUAAGAUCCUCCACAAGGCAUUUCGCGAAUAUUUUUGCCGUCGCUUGUUUUUUGUCGAAUGA